AUGUUGCUCAUCGAUACGCCUGGUUUGGAUGUGAUGGAAUACGUGACAGCCAAAUUGAGCACCGAAAACGUGACCUUUUGCUAUGUAUUCGACGCAAGCCGACAGGAUGGUUUACGCUUAGUCAUGGAAUGCAUUAAGAAAACAGCGGCGAUUCGGGGGAAAGAAGUUGGCUACCUCAUUGGCACCCACCACGAUCUGCGGGAUGGCUCGGUAAUACCUCAGAUAGAUGGGGCUACGGUGGCCGAAGAAAACAAUUUGUACUAUGUACAAUUUGACAAGAACAUGCGCACUGAUGACCUCGAAAAAGAAAUGCUGCAAGAAUACACGCGCAAGCUCGAGUCAAAUGUCAGAUCCAAA